GGCACGUUCCUACACCCGAUCGAACUAAAACAAAAAUAAAACGGAACAAGAAAGAAACCACCACCUCCUUCCUCGUGCAAGGAGACCGGUGGCGCUUCGCAAAAUAAUUUCGCGUCCUUAACUCAAGUGGUUAAUUUCGUCGAGAAACUUUGUGUUAAUUUUUAAUGACAGAAAUUCCUCUGUUCGUGGAUACUGUCGGACUGUCCAGGAAGUGAUAUCUCAACAAUGGUGUUCCCAGUGGUUUUACUAGCAUUUUAAGUUAAAUUCCAACAGUGACGUAUCACCGCUUCCGUUUUCGCGAAUUUUCUGCAAACGUUCGGAUCGUGCUUAGUUUUCCGGCUUAGUAAAUAGGUAUUUACAGUAUUAUUAUAUUAACAGGAGGCUUUUAUAAAGAGUUAACCAGCUUCUAGCAACCAAAACACAAAACAAUGCAAACAAAUCGCCUAUUUUAAUAAAUCAAUCAGUGUAACACAAUGAGUUCUCGGGAUUAUUACAAAGUGACGUACACAAGCAAAGACUCUGAGCGUCCCAAGAUGUCCACACUGGACUGUGUCCUCGACAACGACACAGAGUUCAACGCGAACCAGUUUAAACUGUACGAUGACUUCACCACCGAUCUGCGGAUGAAUUUUAACCCCAUCAGGAAUAACUUCCAAGAGCUAGCUAGGAAGGAGGCCAGGAGGAGGAUCGGCGACCCCAAUGACUCCGGUGUGGACAUGGAAAACGGGAACCCUCUUGAUGACGUUACCGCCUCUAAUGAUAGCGAUUUGUUGGAGAACGAAGUGAUGGUUGAUCCCUGGAGCAGUAUGGACUCAUCGAAUUCACCGUUAACUGACUCCGGACCCUCCGCCAGCGAAGACUGCACCCCAUCCACCUCGAGCGAACCUCCCCGCGGGCCCCUGGAUGCCUCUCCGCUGUCUCCCGACUCGCGCCGCUUACAGAACCCAAAAGAUGCCAAACCCUCAACGAAACAUGUCCCUCCAAAAAGUACAGACAAGGCGCGCUCUCGGGACCUCACCCUUGAGCUGGAGACCAUGGAGCCCGACCCUCUCCCACGCCGGCCGCACUUCCUCGACGAAGACUACCAGCCGCCGUCCAAAUCGAACAUCGAAUGCCGCAUUCCCAAACCGCACUUCCUGGACCAUUCGCCCUCGCCCGACGAGUUUGACGAACGCAGCGACAUAACCAAUCCAAAUUUCCUAGACGAUGAAGUCGAUGGCGAUGAUAAUUUAGCACAAAAGAAAGUCGGCGCCCUCCCGAAGAGGCCGGCCAAACCUCAAACCUCUACAUAUUCCUCUCACGAAGAUCGCCCACAUAGGACAAGUUAUAGAAGCACCUUGCACUAUGGGUUGGAGAGUGUGGCGCGUUCUAGUGAGCGUGACAAAAGGGCUUCCCAACUCUACCGGGGGACCUGGCCAGGGGAACGCGACGUCUGGACAGGUCACGAUUCGUCGAGCGUUCGAAGCUUCUCCAGCAACGGCUCAAACGAUUGUCCUAGACCGACAUCCAAUUUAGACAAUAAGAUGGACUGCGUAUUUUCACUGAUUUCUCUUUUGAGUUUAUCGCCCGAAAACAACGCAGAUUUGAGUGCACCCCUUUUAGACAUGAGUCGCUCGGUAGAAAGCUGCAUCGCGAUGAGACAAGCCGGUUGUAUACCGUUACUGGUGCAGCUGAUUCAUUCUAAGGUGGCAAGGGACACGCGAGACCGCGCCGCGAAAGCGUUAAGAAAUAUUAUUCACACGCAAACAGAUGACAAAGCGGGUAGACGAGAGGCGAGAGUUUGGCGAUUACUAGAACAAGUUAGAGAAUACUGUUACGUUUUAGAAGACGUCGUCGAAGCUAGGAAAGAGGGUAAAGAGGUUAUAGAGGAUGAUGCGACGAAGCAUCCGAGUCAAAGCGUGGCCGCUUUGAUGAAGCUAUCUUUCGAUGAAGAACAUAGGCAUGUUGUGUGCCAGUUAGGCGGACUACAAGCACUCGCCGCCCUGGUGAGCGGCGACCAGGCGGCGCACGGGAGCAGAACUGAUGAUAACACGUGCCUGACGAUGAGGAAAUAUGCCGGAAUGACCUUGACUAACCUAACAUUUGGCGACGGAAACAACAAAUCGUUGCUCUGUUCGUUUAAGGACUUUAUGUUGGCGUUGGUAGAACAACUUGAAUCACCAAAUGAUGACAUGCGACAGGUUACAGCGGCAGUACUAAGGAAUCUUUCAUGGAGAGCUGACACCAACAGCAAGCAAGUGCUACGAGAGGUGGGAGCUGUCAAAGGUUUGACCAAAGCUGCGAUGACCUGUCAGAAGGAGGCGACUCUCAAAUCGGUAUUAUCAGCUCUAUGGAACUUGACAGCUCAUUGUUCAAUGAACAAAGUAGCAUUAUGUUCUGUCGACGGAGCCCUAGGGUUCCUAGUUGACAUGCUCAGCUACAACUCCCCAACGAAAACGUUGGCGAUCGUGGAGAAUGCGGGGGGCAUUAUGAGGAAUGUCUCCAGCCACAUCGCGGUCAGAGAAGAUUACAGACAAAUUCUCCGGGAGAGAAAUUGCCUUAGUGUCUUACUGCAGCAUCUGAAGUCCCCGAGCUUGACGGUAGUUAGCAAUUCGUGCGGCACUCUUUGGAAUUUAUCCGCCAGGUGCCCGCAGGACCAGGAGUUCCUCUGGGACCACGGAGCGGUCCCGAUGCUCCGCAGCCUCAUCCACUCCAAACACAAAAUGAUAGCCAUGGGCUCGAGUGCCGCUUUGAAAAACCUACUGAAUUCGAAGCCGGGGAAAACGCACAUUAUCUCCCUCGAUACGACGGCGCGAAGUAUGAACUUGCCCGCGCUGCCGACUCUCGGCGCGCGGAAACAGAAGGCUCUAGAACAGGAGCUCGAUCAGAACUUAGCCGAGACUUGUGACAACAUAGAACCGGCCACGUCCCCUUCCACCACCAAUAGAGACGAGAUGAAUCUGUUUACUGCGACAGAGAGACAGAUAGCCAUGAAUCUCGAAAGACACAGAAUGACAUCUAGUUCACCGCUCAUGGGCACGCUCACGUCACAAAUAUCUCUCAGCCACAGUGCACACUUAGCCAGUUACCUAAGCUGCAGUAACACACUGCUGAAAGGCGCUCUAGUUACGCGGUCCGGCGGAGGCAGCUCCAACAACGUUAACAGAUCGGACAGCAAAGAUUCCGUUACCAGCACUCAUUCAGACUCCGUCUUUGAAAGGGUCAUGCGAACGGGCAAAGUCCCCGUGCCAACGCCGAGAAGUAAAGACUUGAUGAAGGUCGAGACGGGCAGCGAAGCGUUUAAGGUGUCUUCGAAGCCGCUCGCCAAAGACGGCAGCUUCCUUCGGUACCCCGCCCAGCCGCCCAUCCCUCCACCUAGAAGUACGACCGAGUUGAGACCCAACUUUACAGAAUCUGGUUAUGACGUCGACCAAGAUUCUUGCGACCAACCAGUCGACUACAGCAGGAAGUACUCUGAGACGAAGGUGACCGAAGCGGAGCCUUUAGAAAAGCCAAAAACUUCAAAGAAGUAUUGCAAGAAGGACAGUCCGAAUACCUUUGGAGAUUACCAGGAGACAGAUCUGGACCAGCCCACGGACUAUUCUCUGCGGUACGCGGAGCAUCAGUCCGAGACCGGUUCGGACCUGUCGGAACCGCCGGGGCCUUCGGACACCAUCAAACACUUCGCCACCGAGGGCACUCCUUACGAAACUCCAAUCAUAUUCUCAACCGCGACAUCUAUGUCUGACCUUCGCGUGAUCGGCAAAGACGGGAAGCCGAAAACUCCCAGUACAAAAGAGAACCCAGAGGCGAUGACUCACUCGGAUGAGAAGGACACGUGUUCGAUCGAAGACCCGCCUCGACAUGACAACGACUUAGCGGCCACCACUCCUCAGGCGUCAAUGACCGAAUCUGAUCAGAAACGGGGAGUGUUUGAUACGAAGUUCAGUUCAGGCAUGAUCAGUCCUGAGAAGCCCGUGAACUACUGCGAUGAGGGCACUCCAGGGUAUUUCUCUAGAGUGAGUUCGUUGAGUAGUGUAGGCGAGCCGACUGAAGAGGAUUGCUUGGCUAAGAAGAACGCCAUGGCCACCAUCAAUGUCGAACCGAGUCCCGAAGAACCAAACAUAAACAGCUCUGCUAAGGACAAAGAAGGCUCAAAAGCGGUGACAUUCGCCCGCGAGCCGGUAUCCGUAGCGGCGUCCGGCGGAGGCUCGCCGCGCUUCGUGCAGGAGACGCCGCUGAUGUUCUCGCGGUCCAGCUCGCUUGGAUCGCUGCCCGACUGCUCGCAUGACGACCAGGGCUCCGUGCUGUCGGAAUUCAGCCGGCAGCCGUCGGGCAUCAUCUCCCCGAGCGAGAUCCCCGACUCGCCGGGGCAGAGCGUGCCGCACUCGCCGCCGCAGGAGCCAGCGCCGCCCGAGCCAGCCACGCCGCCGCCGGAGCCGGGCCAGAUGGCGUCGGUGUUCGAGGAGCGCGUGUCCCGGUUCGUGGUGGAACACACGCCGGCCGCCUUCUCCGCCGCCACCAGCCUCAGCAGCCUCACCAUCGACACCGAGCCCCGGGACAAGGUCAGCCCGCGAGCCGCUCGUGCGAGCCCCACGCUAGUGUCCCGGGUCGUGGCGGAACACACGCCGGCCGCCUUCUCCGCCGCCACCAGCCUCAGCAGCCUCACCAUCGACACCGAGCCCCGGGACAAGGUCAGCCCGCGAGCCGCUCGUGCGAGCCCCACGCUAGUGUCCCGGGUCGUGGCGGAACACACGCCGGCCGCCUUCUCCGCCGCCACCAGCCUCAGCAGCCUCACCAUCGACACCGAGCCCCGGGACAAGGUCAGCCCGCGAGCCGCUCGUGCGAGCCCCACGCUAGUGUCCCGGGUCGUGGCGGAACACACGCCGGCCGCCUUCUCCGCCGCCACCAGCCUCAGCAGCCUCACCAUCGACACCGAGCCCCGGGACAAGGUCAGCCCGCGAGCCGCUCGUGCGAGCCCCACGCUAGUGUCCCGGGUCGUGGCGGAACACACGCCGGCCGCCUUCUCCGCCGCCACCAGCCUCAGCAGCCUCACCAUCGACACCGAGCCCCGGGACAAGGUCAGCCCGCGAGCCGCUCGUGCGAGCCCCACGCUAGUGUCCCGGGUCGUGGCGGAACACACGCCGGCCGCCUUCUCCGCCGCCACCAGCCUCAGCAGCCUCACCAUCGACACCGAGCCCCGGGACAAGGUCAGCCCGCGAGCCGCUCGUGCGAGCCCCACGCUAGUGUCCCGGGUCGUGGCGGAACACACGCCGGCCGCCUUCUCCGCCGCCACCAGCCUCAGCAGCCUCACCAUCGACACCGAGCCCCGGGACAAGGUCAGCCCGCGAGCCGCUCGUGCGAGCCCCACGCUAGUGUCCCGGGUCGUGGCGGAACACACGCCGGCCGCCUUCUCCGCCGCCACCAGCCUCAGGAGCCUCACCAUCGACACCGAGCCCCGGGACAAGGUCAGCCCGCGAGCCGCUCGUGCGAGCCCCACGCUAGUGUCCCGGGUCGUGGCGGAACACACGCCGGCCGCCUUCUCCGCCGCCACCAGCCUCAGCAGCCUCACCAUCGACACCGAGCCCCGGGACAAGGUCAGCCCGCGAGCCGCUCGUGCGAGCCCCACGCUAGUGUCCCGGGUCGUGGCGGAACACACGCCGGCCGCCUUCUCCGCCGCCACCAGCCUCAGGAGCCUCACCAUCGACACCGAGCCCCGGGACAAGGUCAGCCCGCGAGCCGCUCGUGCGAGCCCCACGCUAGUGUCCCGGGUCGUGGCGGAACACACGCCGGCCGCCUUCUCCGCCGCCACCAGCCUCAGCAGCCUCACCAUCGACACCGAGCCCCGGGACAAGGUCAGCCCGCGAGCCGCUCGUGCGAGCCCCACGCUAGUGUCCCGGGUCGUGGCGGAACACACGCCGGCCGCCUUCUCCGCCGCCACCAGCCUCAGCAGCCUCACCAUCGACACCGAGCCCCGGGACAAGGUCAGCCCGCGAGCCGCUCGUGCGAGCCCCACGCUAGUGUCCCGGGUCGUGGCGGAACACACGCCGGCCGCCUUCUCCGCCGCCACCAGCCUCAGCAGCCUCACCAUCGACACCGAGCCCCGGGACAAGGUCAGCCCGCGAGCCGCUCGUGCGAGCCCCACGCUAGUGUCCCGGGUCGUGGCGGAACACACGCCGGCCGCCUUCUCCGCCGCCACCAGCCUCAGCAGCCUCACCAUCGACACCGAGCCCCGGGACAAGGUCAGCCCGCGAGCCGCUCGUGCGAGCCCCACGCUAGUGUCCCGGGUCGUGGCGGAACACACGCCGGCCGCCUUCUCCGCCGCCACCAGCCUCAGCAGCCUCACCAUCGACACCGAGCCCCGGGACAAGGUCAGCCCGCGAGCCGCUCGUGCGAGCCCCACGCUAGUGUCCCGGGUCGUGGCGGAACACACGCCGGCCGCCUUCUCCGCCGCCACCAGCCUCAGCAGCCUCACCAUCGACACCGAGCCCCGGGACAAGGUCAGCCCGCGAGCCGCUCGUGCGAGCCCCACGCUAGUGUCCCGGGUCGUGGCGGAACACACGCCGGCCGCCUUCUCCGCCGCCACCAGCCUCAGCAGCCUCACCAUCGACACCGAGCCCCGGGACAAGGUCAGCCCGCGAGCCGCUCGUGCGAGCCCCACGCUAGUGUCCCGGGUCGUGGCGGAACACACGCCGGCCGCCUUCUCCGCCGCCACCAGCCUCAGCAGCCUCACCAUCGACACCGAGCCCCGGGACAAGGUCAGCCCGCGAGCCGCUCGUGCGAGCCCCACGCUAGUGUCCCGGGUCGUGGCGGAACACACGCCGGCCGCCUUCUCCGCCGCCACCAGCCUCAGCAGCCUCACCAUCGACACCGAGCCCCGGGACAAGGUCAGCCCGCGAGCCGCUCGUGCGAGCCCCACGCUAGUGUCCCGGGUCGUGGCGGAACACACGCCGGCCGCCUUCUCCGCCGCCACCAGCCUCAGCAGCCUCACCAUCGACACCGAGCCCCGGGACAAGACUUCCCUUCGACUAGUGGAUGAGUGCCAGCCAAACCCUUCCGUGAGGCCAAUAGACGACCAAUUAGAAUCGGACUCCGAGAGAGAUGAAGUCAGGGACCAUGUCCAUCAUUUACCACCUUCAAGUUCCACUCCCAACGCUCCAUAUAAAGGCUCUCAAACGCCAAGCGACGUGUGCAAAGUAUACUUCACCGAAGACACUCCAGCGAUCCUAUCCAAAGCGGGCAGCAACUCCAAUCUGUCCGCGCUAUCCAUCGACUCGGCGCCGUCCGGGUUGCGUCCGGCGGCGCUGGGCGCGUCCGACACCAGUCCGGACGCCAGGAACGCCGGACAGAAUGAGCCGGACACCUCCGAUAGCUCUAACUUGAGCGACGCGGGAGAUUUGCUGGAGGAGUGCAUUCAGAAAGGGAUAGCUAAGGUUGUGAAAAACAAGGGACCUCCAUCCGACGUGUCUUCCGUUCCCUACACAGUGAGAGGCGACGUUUAUCGCUCUCUGCCGCCAUAUUUGAGGUCUUCCACUGAGACUGUUAAGAUGUCCCACGAGUUUGCCAGGAAUAUUCGUGAUAGCCGUAGCUGCAGUUCAGAGCGCGGCGUUGCCAGCCCGCCGCCAUUACCGCCCCGCCCCGCGCCCGUGCCCGCGCCGCCGCGACCACCCGCCCACGACCCGCUGGCUGCCGGUCGCAAGAACGCCGACCGCUCAGUGCGCUCGCGCGAUCUUGGCGCAGAAUCCGGUAGCUCACUCAGCCUGGAAUCCUUCGGCUCCACGGACCGCGAGCUAUUUGAGGAAACGGUGCAAGCUGGAUUACCGGAGCGAGCACGCCGCCCUGCGCAACCACGAGACGGGUCUCUGAGCUCGCUGAGCAAUGACUCCUUUGGAUCUACUGAUAAGGAGGUGUUCGAACGCUGCGUACGCGCGGGAAUGCGGCGCGGCCGGCCGCGCAGCGCCGAGCGCCGUCCGCCGCGCCCGCGGCUAGCGAGACACCGCGACCACGAGCGCGACAGGCGAGCCUCAGCCGACCGGGCUCUCCUCCGCGACGUGAUCGAGCGCGGCGCGGCGGCGGGCCCCGCGCGCCACGCCCCCGCGCGCCCCGCCCCCGGCCCCGCCCCGCCGCCAAAAAACGGGGCCCCGCCGUCUGCGCCCCGCGCGCGCGCAGGCCGCGGCGCCCCCGCGCGCGCCACACCUGGCUGUGACACAGGUCAGACCACAACCUCUCUAGGGACUGACGUACACUCUCUAGGGACUGAUGAACAGGACCCUGAAGUACGGGAUGAUGACUCAGCCGGACAAGAUCGAGCUCCGGGUCCCGAUGCGCUCUCUCUAGGGACUGACGUACACUCUCUAGGGACUGACGUACACUCUCUAGGGACUGACGUACACUCUCUAGGGACUGAUGAACAGGACCCUGAAGCACCGGAUGACUCAGCCGGACAAGAUCAAGGUCCCGAUCCGCUCUCUCUAGGGACUGACUCAGCACCCGGCGACUCAGAACAACACCGAGCUCCGGAUGCAGUCACGGCCAGAAUUGAGGACAACGAUGAAGAUCCAGAGACAGAAUUCGGCACAGGUGAUGUGGAAAACGGUGAGAACUUUAACCCAGAUGGAACGUCCAACGGUGAUCACGUAGUUGGAUUGGAAACCGCCGAAUCAGAAAACUUUGUCGCCUCAGUUGCAACGGAAGCUCCUGUGAAUAUGGACACGGAAUGGGACGAUGCUGCUCUGGAUCUAGACGCUGCACUCGUGCUAGACGUCGAUGACUCGGCUGACGAACACCACACAGCUGACGACGCAGAAACAAAUGAAUACCGUCUGUUCGAUAACAACAUGUCGCAGAGCACUCACGUUAGGAACGCAGAAGAAACGUUCAAAAUACACUCCGACGCCUACCACAGUAUCCUGCAAAUAACCGAAGAAGAAAACGCAACACAAUCUUCCAAGCCACAAAACCGCGUCCAACCUUUCCAGUACAACAUUAGCCACGAUGAUAAUUUCACAAUAAACGUCACCGAUACGAGUCCAAUUUCUAAAACAAGUCAAAUAGAAGACGCAGCAGAUUUGCUCAAAAUGUUAGAAGAAACUGGUCCAUCGAAGAGUUCGCUCGCCCCGUCCAUAGACCCACUGUCUGCUUCCCGGGGAUCCAACGAGUGCCUGGCCCCAAGAUCCGCGAACACCACCCUAGAAUCUCUCCCGGGAGACGAUCUGGAUAGAUCCAAUGAGUCCUAUGCCGACGUCACAGAUGGAUCUUGGAGCGAACCCGGAUCCCCUAAACCUAUCGACACGGGAACCCUAACCAGGAAAAAGAAGCACGAACCAGAGUGGGUCGAUAUAGGAGCAGGGAGCAAACUGCCGAAACCAGAAGACAAAAGUGCCGCAGACACGUGGAACGAUGACACGUGCCCUGAUGAUGUCACCUUCCCUACGAUCAGUGGUUCAGUGCACCUGAUAUCAUCUAUUCGGAGUGAAGUUGUGGAUGUCAACAAUACUCUACCAGACCUUUUGGAGAAGAGUGAAGUAGUCAACAUCUCACUCUCGCGACCAGAUUUGACUGAGAAGUUGGGUGGAGAGCAUACUGAAGUUGAGGAUUCGACAAGGAUCACGCUCGAUGACGUGGCUGAGCCGAGCUUCGCGUCGCUAGUCGAUGAUGGCGAACACAGGUUUGACUCGAUCAUAUCCUCGGCCAUAGAAAAAGAGGCAGCCAGACUCGCCGCCCAGUUAAAGUGCUCGCAAUACGGCAUGGAAAACAGUGUCACGUCGUUGACGUCACUGGACCUGGACAACGUUAGACCUCCAUCCAACUUGGGCAGUCUCUUAUCCCUAAGCGCUUCAGGACAAUGGGAGGAAACAGCUCCGAACACCAAAAAGUCUCAAAAAAGUCGCAAGAAGUCCCUCCCUGUAGCAUUCAUGGUCAAACGCGCAUUGAGUAAUUCCAUGCAUCAAAGCAGCUCCGAACAUUUAGAUAGCAAUCCUGUCAGCUUCCUAGACAACGUAAAACCUCCUUCGGAAAUGGAAAACAUUGACAUGGAAGGCAGUAUGGUGUCAGUGUCUAGCAUAGUAUCAGAAGUGGCUGAGAUGAGGGAGAAAACACCCGUCGUGUUUGACUUGAAGCAGCCAAUACAAGACUUCCCUCUUUGCAACCCUUACGCAAUCUUUCAGGACUUAGAUAAAGUCAACCCUCCAUCGCUAUUUGACGAAAUGGCUGAGUCUACGAUAGAACUAGAGCCGACUACCGCUCAGCAAGUUUACGACGACUGCAUCUCGAAUACCUUAAACGUUGUAACAGAUAUCCCUUCGGGGUCCGAAAACUGCACGCCUUUGCCUUCAGACAUCAGCAGUGUCGAAUCAACGCCGAAGAGGCAAAGAGACCCGCACUACCUGACACCAAAAGAAAAGAGAUACCACUCUAAAGAUAGGUACCAAACUUACACUAUUACGGAUACCGUGACGGAAAGUGAUAUAGUUCUGGAAGUUGAAGAAGACUUCGUGACUUGGACCAAGUCGGAAAGUGACAGAUCUGAGGAGUACGUCACUGCGUGUUCUGAUUCUAAAUCAAAGAGGAAAAUUAGUGCGAAGCAGAGGAGAUUAGAGGACAGAGCUAGGUACCAGACUCAAACCGUUAAUAUUCAGAGCAUAAUCGCUGAAACGUCGCAAAUUAAAACACCCGACCCGCACAUCGAGAGUCUGAAGCAAAGGCUAGCUGCCAAAAAGACCAUGAAACAGAAGCGCAUAGAAGAUGCAGAAAGAUUUAGAACUAGAACUCUCAGUGAAGACAUUCCGCCGUCUCCAACGUUUGUCACAAAAGACGCUAAUUUCGAAAAUCUAGAAACAACCACUGGCUACGACAGCCUGUCGUCCAACGAGUUGAAUCAUCAGCAGAUUCUGGAUGAGAGGCAGAGAGACGAUGACGUGUUCUCGAGGGACGCGGACAGCGGCCACAACGAGGACGACUUCGAACUGAACUCCACCCAGAUGCAAACCUACACGAAGAGCUUCAGAAACUAUUUGCCAGUGAUCGAAAGCCCGGCAGCGGUAGACAUGUGCGUAGUUAACAAUUUGAAAAAUAUAGAAAUGACCGCAUCGUACAGGCGCACUAUGCAAGCGCAAGCCGAGAAGAAUCAGCAUCCGAGCAGCAGCGACUUCGCCAGUUACGAAGGCGACAGCAACUCCGAAGACCGAGCCCAUUCGGAGUCGGACCAGGAGUCGGGCAUGUCGCGGCCCAAACCCAAGAUCAUCAAGCCUAGCUCGAGAAGGGACGAGAGCUUAGAUAGCAACGAAUCUUUAGAAAAGGACGAAGCUCCCAAAGCUAUCAGGGGCAGAAAGAAAGCGAUGUACGUGUCCCCCUACCGACGAAACACUCCAGCCGCGAAGAAACCGGCCACAGCGACUCCUUCCAAACCCACUCCAAAGAAUAUCACACCUCCAAAGACGGCCACCAACGUCAAAGCUCAUCCUAGUGCCAAAAUACCGAACAGAACGCCCACUGCCUCCAGAACUCCGAGCGCUAACACUUCCCCGAAGAAAUCUAUACCGAACAGAUCGCCGACCAAAAUAGCUCAACAGAAGCCCGUGUCCGUUCCGCUGUCGACGCCGGCCAAGCCUCUGCCGCUGGAACGGCAGGGGACCUUCACCAAGGAGGAGAGCUCGGUGCCGCCCAAGGACUUGCCCGUUCCGGACAAAAAGAGCACAGGGCCUCAGUACGGGAAGGCGACAUCUCCGACCAAGCCGACCGCUUCCAACACCUCCCCGUCUCGCCUGCCGCAGUUGAAUCGGUUCUCGCGGCCGGUGGCGAAAGCCGCUCCGAGCAAGCCGGCGCCCAAAGCCACCGCCAAGAGGCCCGCGGAAACUCCCAUGAAGAGCUCCCCGUCGAACCACAGCCUCCAGAGCAACGACAGCGGCAAAACCGUCACCCUCGCGUCGAGGAGCUCGCGGCAGGGGAGCACGUCGAGCGUCAACUCGGUUCAGUCGUCGAAGACGAACACCAAAGACGUGGAGAGUAAGAUCGCAAGUUUGUGGAAGAGAGUGGAGCAAACUAAGAAGCAGCCGAGUAAGCCCGAUAAGCGGGUGUGGAUCGAGAGCGACAAGCCGGAGACGCCGAAGCUGAUCCGAAGCUCCACUUUUGAAGGGCAGCCUAAGCAGAGCGCGGUGGCGAGCGCCCAGAAACAGAAGUCUGCGAUCGGCAUCCGCGUGUCGCAAAUCCCUAGCUUGAGGCCCAAAGCAACACCCGCCCGCACCCCUGCCCCUGGCACAAGCGCUGCUAAAAAGCCGGCGAAUACGCGGGUAUUCGCCAGGAAACAAGUGAACGGCCAAGUAAAUUCGUAAACGUUAUAUUCUGACGGCAAGUGAUUUUUUAUGAUGCAAUAUUCUGAUGGACUUCAGCAUGAAGUGAUCUAUCGAAUUUAACUUUCGCAAUGUUGUAUCCUAUAAAAUACGAUGAUUGACUGAUGUCUUCGCACGCUGAAACGUAAUUCUUGUUGAUGAUGUAAAACGGAUGAUUGAGCAAUUAACAGUUGAUUUGUGAUGCUGAUUAUUUUGUAAUUUCCAUGAAAAGUUUACAGAUUGUUCGCUAUUAUUUGUUUGAAGAAUGUUUAUUGUGAAACCAUGUUAGUGAUUCCUUAUGAUUUUAUUUUAUAGUAGUUUUAUUGUAUAUUUGUUGCAUUUAUUCAUAUAGGGACUAAAAAUUAUAUAUUUGUACCUACAACUAAAGUACGUAAUCGUUUAUUGACUGCAAUUUUUAGUUUUUCUUAGAAUAUGAUAUAAAGACUUAUCACAUUUAACGAAGCCGGCAUAAUAUUAUUUUUAUACACCUACUGAUUGUUUAGUGAUAAAAUUAUGUUUGAUGUAUUUUACAAACUGAACUGCGGAUGGCGUCAGUGCUCCUUGUAGGUGAGAAAUAACCAGCCAUUGCUUAGUGCAAUUAUAUAAUUAUAAUACAAAAAUAAUUAAAUUGUACACUUUAAUGUAGGAUGACUAUUAUGAGAUAAGGUGUUACAGGGAUAUUGUCGACGCCACCAUAUUAUAAUCUCACUAAUGAACUAGUUGGGUGGAGCGGUUUUGUUAUCUUUCUAUAUUGAAAUUAUAAUAUCGAUGUCUACACAAUAUUCCUCUGGCUCAUUGCAAUGAAGCCAUGCUUUUUAUCGAAGUAUUUUACUAUUUCUCAGAUGUAUAUGUAAUAAUAUAUUUUUAAAGCUGAAUUCAAAGACCAUUUUAACAGACGCGUUUUCAAAAACCACAGCACAGCUAAGCUUGAAUCGCCAAAUAUUGAAGGUGUUCGGGAAACGAAAGCUUCUACCGUGUCAAGUGACAAAACAUUAGUACAAUAAAGUCAAUAAAUCACCAACAAUUUGAAUCUUAUCAAACCAUACAGCAAAAAAACUUCGCAUUUUACUACAUACCAUUUCAGUUGAGAAAAUUGAAUGUUUCUCGCUGAAAUAACCAAGUAAAAUGUCGCCCGCACAUUUCAUUGUAAAUAUUUCACACCACAAUCGUAGUUUUUAAGGUUACCAUAUAAAUACAAUUUGUAUAUUUUUCAUAAUUAUAUUAUAGUAAAGGAAAUGUCACAUCGCUUCUGAGUAAAACUGCGGGCAUACCUGUGCGUAUGUCACAAUUUUUUACGUCUAGUCAAACUAUGGAUAAGCGGGAUUCAUAGAAAAAUUUCGGCUAAGGAGAGUAAUUUUUACAAAAAAGGAUCGUAUCGGUUGUUAUACCAAUCCAUGUUAAUCGGUAGGUUUAGCUGGCUUCCUCUAGAUAAUACUUCCGAACAUUCUAAGACUUUGUAUUGUUUAAUGUUGUAGAUCCCACGAAACUUCCACUCCCCUAGCUUUAUGUUAAUGAGGAUCAAAAGCAUGUUUCCUUGAGAACGAGAGCAAUACCCAAUGUAAUGUAAUACUUGGCGUGGAGAAACGUGUCCUAAGCAAUUUUAUUGUAACUUUAUAAUUAAGUAUGUAUUUAGCUUCAAAUAUUUCACGUUUAGAAAAGAUUUUUUGUAACAGGUUUAUUAGAAUUAUUGUAGUCUGUAUAAUGAAUUACAUCACAUGUUAAGAUUCUGUUGAAUUAUUUUAUAUACCCAUUACCCAUGUAUUUAUUUUUUGAACUUUCGAGUACCUGUAGACCCUUCGGAGAAUUGCGUGACGAUAAUCAUCUAUUAAUUAUUUAAUUUAUGUAUUGGGUUUUAAAAUAAUUCUGUAUUUUGUUUAUUUGACGUGUGUUGUUUCAUUUGACUACUCUAAACACUGUAGUUAAUCGCCAUCCAUUUCAUGAUAAAAGCCAGUUUAGUUAAAUAAAUAUAAUUAGUUGUAAGGUACCUAAUUUGAUGGUAAUAAAUGAUACUUACCUCA